ACUUAUCCUUUACGAUAAACUUUCUUUAUAUUUUUUAUUCACCUAAUUCUUUAAUCCAGGGCUCCAAUCUCUUUCCCGGCAUCGAAGUUUUCUCUUUAGAUUUGUGGCACUAAGCGGGAUUAUUGUGAAUUUCUUCAGCUAUGGGCGUCGAGGUAAACCUUCCUCCUAUGGAAGCCUGGUACUUUGAUGAGUUGGGCGAAGAUCAAAGGCUACCACACCAGACAAAUCCUCCACAAUAUGUCUCAUUAGAAAAAUUAGCAGAUAUUGGAGUUCUUUACUGGAAGUUGGAUGCUGACAAUUUUGAGACAGACCCAGAACUGCAAAAGAUACGGAAAACCAGAGGAUAUAACUAUAAGGAUAUGUUAACAAUAUGCCCAGAGAAGCUUCCGAACUACCAUGAGAAGAUAAAAAACUUCUAUGAAGAGCACCUGCAUACAGAUGAAGAGAUCCGCUAUUGCUUAGAGGGUAGUGGCUACUUUGAUGUAAGGGAUAAAGAGGAUCGAUGGAUACGAAUAUGGGUUAAGAAGGGGGAUAUGAUUAUCCUCCCAGGAGGAAUCUAUCAUCGAUUUACCCUCGACACAAACAACUACAUUAAUAUCCUGAGGCUUUUCCAAGGCGAGCCAGUCUGGACAGCAUACAAUCGUCCUUGUGAGGAGCAUCCUGCUAGGAAAAUGUAUGUCCAUCAAUUUACGGAGCAAAGUUGUUGAAGAUACAUGGAUGGUUGUAUUGGUGUUAAAAUUUAUACAUGAAAAUAUAUUGCUACCAUUUUAAGAAUAACAUUUAAAAAGUAAAUGAUAAUAAUUAUAUUUUAAGAAUAAAAUAUUAGAAUAAUUGUGCAAGAGAUUUAAUCAAGCAUAUGCUACAACACUACUUCACUACUUCAGAGAACCAUUUUGAGUCUCAUAUUGUGAUACUCUAUGUCAUUUAUAUGUAUAUAAUGAUUGAUUGUUCUACA